GCAGGGGCGAGUUGCCGGGAUGUCAGAGAGCCGUACAGAGAGCGAGAGCAGAAGGUGUCAAGGUAAAACAGCUGCAUAUCUUCCAAGAAAAGCCUGUGUUUUCUGAAGGAAUUUGAGCGGAGGUUCUUUAUUAAGGGAACCAGUCAGGACAAACAUUAGCAUGGCAAGCACGGCUGUUCAGUUACUUGGCUUCUCUCUAAGCCUGCUUGGUCUAAUUGGGACACUAAUUGCUACUAUUCUGCCACACUGGUGGCGAACGGCGCAUGUAGGCACCAAUAUUAUAACAGCUGUGGCGUAUAUGAAAGGGCUGUGGAUGGAGUGCGUCUGGCACAGCACCGGCAUCUACCAGUGCCAAGUCCACCGCUCCCAGCUCGCGCUGCCUCGUGACCUCCAAGCAGCCCGUGCCAUGAUGGUGAUUUCCUGCGUCCUUUCCGCACUGGCAUGCGUGAUUGCCGUCGUCGGUAUGAAGUGCACCCGCUGUGCCAAGGGGACUUCUGCCAAAGCCUCCAUCGCGGUCUCCGGGGGGAUCGUUUUCAUCCUGGCCGGUCUCGUUUGCCUGGUACCCGUUUCCUGGACCACUAACGAUGUAGUUACAGAUUUCUACAACCCCCUGCUUCCCCACGGGAUGAAGUACGAGAUAGGUCAAGCCCUGUACCUUGGCUUUGUCUCCGCGUCUUUGACGAUCCUCGGAGGCGCUCUGCUGUGCACGUCGGGCCAGUGCAGCGGGAACGAGGCACCCUACCAGCCGCAGCCCAGAGGCACGAGGAGGACUGCUCCCUCCUGUAGACCACCAACUGUCUACAAGGGAAACCAUGCUUCUUCCCUGACAUCUGCUUCCCAUAGCGGCUACAGAUUAAAUGACUAUGUGUGAGUUCCCUAAGAUUUGCCUGCGGGACACAGCUGCUUUAUAAUUUCUGUGCAUGGCAUAAAACAAAGCUAGGAUGAUUUUUAAUUUAUAAGGGUUACGAUACAAAGUUUACCAUUGUUCAUUUCUUCCUUCCCUUUCUUUCCAUAGAAAGAAAGAAUGUGAACAAAAAACUGCUCCCUUCAGUGCAUGGAGAAUAAAUACAAAGGAAACUGGGAUAUUCCGGGGACUGCACAUACCUGCCUACUUUAAAUUAGGGAUUUGGGUAUAGGCAGUCCAAGGGCAGUUUUCCUGAAAGUAAUGUUUUGGUUUGUAGUUUCUGCCCUGCGACAAGCACGAAGUGGAACUGGCCACGACUUGUUAUUUGAACAGUGUCCCAACAGAAGAUGCAUUUUUGCCUAAAAUAGAGAACUUCAUGGCAAGACACGGUGAUUUCCUGAUAAGCUUCUUAUCUCCAUAAUGCAUGAAUGUUUCCUUAUGACCAGGUAGUAUUUUGUUUUGACUUAACUUUUUGUUUGCUUUGUUUGUUUGUUUGUUUUUGUAGUGCCUAGAAAUACAAAUUUUAAUAGUAUUACAACACAU